AUGGCGCUGUGCUCCGAAGCCUGUGUCUCUGGCUCAGGAGGGGAGUCUUCUGGCAGUGAGGCAGGUUCUAACUGUCUUCAGUUUGGGGUUCGUUCCUAUCUGCACCACUUCUAUGAGGAGUGUUCGUCCUCCAUGUGGGAGAGAGACCCGGAGGAUCAGGGGUUCGUUCAGAGCCAGAGGUCAACCCUGUGGUGGAACUCAGCAGUCUGGAAGGUGUCCUUGGCCCUGGGUCUCUUGAUCCUGACUGCAGGUAUCGUCAGCCUGUCGGUCGGUUACGCCACUCCCCAUAAAAUCGAGUCGUUCGGAGAGGGAGACCUGUUCUUUGUGGACACCCAAGCGAUCAGCUUCAACAAAGGGCUCCACUUCAGCACCGCGGCCGGGAUCUGGCUCUCCUGCCUGGGCUCGGCUCUGACAACGAUGGGGGUCGUCAUUUGGAUCCUUCCCAGGGCCAACUUGAGAGAGAGGCUCUUCCAGAGACUGGCGAAAGGGGAAUUGGUGGGGUCGAAGUGGAGAGGAUUUAGGCAUGCAGAGGAUGUGGUCACCAAGCCUCCAGGUACAGAGGAAGGGAAGAUACCCGUGACACUGUCGAAAGUGGAAAAUGUGCAGCCUACUUCUUAA